AACGAAAAACGCGGUUAAUACGCUCCACGGUAUCAUAAAGUAUAAACUUCUUUCUAUUCUAGGAAAUAUCUCGAUUAAUUUGUCUUUUUUUUUUUAGCUCUCUGUUACCCGUCUGUUGUUUCUUCGGCUGAGAGACAAUGGUGGAGGAACAGAAGAUAACGCCAGACACAGAAUCUCCGGCUCCGGCGCCGGCUCCGGCCCCGGGUUCAGCUAUUGUUCCGACGGAGAUCGCAAAAGACGUUACGGAGGAGAAAAUUCAAAACCCACCUCCGGAGCAGAAUUCUGAUGACUCCAAAGCCCUUGCUGUUGUCGAGAAACCUGUCGAGCCUGAAACGAAGAAAUCUUCGUCUGGUUCGCUCGAUCGAGAUGUUAAGCUAGCUGAUUUGUCAAAGGAGAAGAAAAUGUCUUUUGUCAAAGCAUGGGAAGAUAGCGAAAAGAGCAAAGCAGAGAACAAAGCUGAGAAAAAGAUCUCUGAUGUUCUUGCUUGGGAAAACAGCAAGAAGGCAGCAGUCGAAGCUCAACUCAAGAAAAUCGAGGAGCAACUAGAGAAGAAGAAAGCAGAGUAUGCAGAGAAGAUGAAGAAUAAGGUUGCGGCGAUUCACAAGGAAGCCGAAGAGAGGAGAGCAAUGAUUGAAGCGAAGCGUGGAGAAGACAUUCUUAAAGCAGAAGAAACGGCUGCUAAAUACAGAGCCACUGGAAUUGUCCCAAAGGCUACUUGUGGAUGUUUCUAAUCUUGAAUUUGCAAAUCGAAUUUCAAGAGUUUUCAACUGUAAAGUGUAAAACAAUCUCUCUUAUGUCUUCGAUGAUUUGUAAUCUUGUUUGUGUACUGAUCUUGUGUGUAAAAACAACAGAGUGAAAUAUUUGUCCAUUUGUUUUACUUUACGCAAUUUUCUAAA